GAAGUUUCUUACAAUAGAUGUUUGAAUUCAUGUACUUUAUUUAUAUACACUUUAGAAUUGAUAUUUUCUAGUCUCAUAUGUACAUAAUUACCACAAAAAGUUUCUUCAUUGGACUGAGGACUGUAAGACCGUAUAGUCAGAAUUGAUGAGAGGGGGACUUUGGUAAUCCACCAAAGUCUAUGAACAGUAUAGGCAUGCAUUGUCCCCCAAUGAAUUAUGGAGCUUGUCUAUAAAGCACACGAGUUAAAGCAUAGAAGCCUCCACUUUCUAGCUAUUGUGGAAUCCAGAAGUGAAAAUGUGAGUUCGGCUCUUUCUUCUAUCUUUCUUGAUCAUAAGAUGUCAAAUACCAUCAUCCAUUGUCUAUUUAAUGAUGACAAGAAGAAAUAGAUCAAGAAAAUUAAGGGAAUGUUGCUGAAGAAGAUGAAACUCUUUCCUUCCAUUAACUCUUUUAAACAAGGCCUCUCUCUUCUGUCCGACCCCACUGAGAACACUUGUAGCCAAAUAUGUGAAACCCCACCCGUUUUUGAAGAACAAAUUUCCAAGAGCAGCAACUUCAGGCUGUCCCUGCCUGUAGUAGAAUGUUCCAUCAUAUCCCAACAUGUUAGAGAUCUAAAAGAUGCAGAAUGUGAGCUUGAAAUUAGUGUCAACGACGGAAACCAUCUCGUUUCCUUAAUAAAGUCUGAAGAAAUAUUGGCUGCUAAACAUAAGUCAGAGCCUCCAUGCCUAUCGGACACGAUUGCCAUGAAACCAAAUGGUGGGCACCAAGUGAAAGUGGGCAAUCAUCAAGAACAUUCAUCUCUAUUAGACUUUGAAGACAGAUGCCCACCAGGAGGAAGUGAAUCAGUUAUAUUUUACUCGACAAGCUUGAGAAGUAUUAGGAAAACAUUCGAAGAAUGCAACAGUAUACGAUUCCUACUGGAAAGCUUCAAAGUGCUGUUUUUCGAGAGAGAUGUAUCGAUGCACUUGGAAUUCAGGAAGGAGCUGUGGGAAGUCUUGGGAGGCAGGGUGAUCCCACCGCGACUUUUUAUUAAUGGAAGGUAUAUCGGAGGAGCAGACGAAGUUAUAGGCCUGCAUGAGCAAGGAAAACUAAUGAAACUGCUGGAAGGCAUACCAUUGGACUUGGCAAAUUCACCUUGCUCUUGUUGUGCAAACACCAGGUUUCUGGUGUGUCCAAGCUGCAAUGGCAGUUGCAAGGUUCUUAAAGACGACUACGAUGAUGACGAUGUUAACAACUUGUAUAAUAGAUGUACUGAUUGCAACGAGAAUGGGUUAGCCAAAUGCCCCAUUUGCUGCUGAAAACACUAUAAUCAUCUUCCCUAUGUAACAACACUCACCAUCUACUAUGUAAGUCAACAUCUUCUUAGAUUUUUCUGUUCAUUAGCUAGCUUUUAGAACUCGACGACCACUUCGUUGUAGUUCUUAUGUAGCUUCUUUUUCUUCAGCUAUCUAUUUUCCUAGUAGAUCAUUUGUAUUCCUGCAAAUCAAUGAAUUCGUAGCAUACCAAAGCUAUAUUUUCCUCCUA